GCAACAUAAACGCGACGUAGUGAUACUCUCGCGUGCAGCGAGUGAACGACCUUUGAGUGAUUGUUAAUUAAUAAUUAAUGUGUUUAUAAGACCAGGAGGUGACAAUGCAGGUUGUGAGGAACGCUGUGCAGACGGUGGUGAAGAAACAUUUCUGCAGGUCGUUUUCUGCUUCUCAGAAUCACCUGCAGGGGAGAAAAGGUUUGGUGCUGGGUGUGUUUGAGAAGGAAGGAAAGGAGUCCGGCUUCCAUCUGACAGAAUCAGCAGCGAGUUUUGAUCAGCUUCUGUCUGGAAAACUCUCAGACCUGCUGCACGUAGCUGGACCUGGCCUGAAGAAAGGCAAAGGCAGAAUAUUUUAUGGAAUUCACCAGGACUUCCCAUGUGUGGCAGUGGUCGGGUUGGGCAAGAACACCACAGGUGUUUGUGAAUUUGAAAACUGGGACACCAGGAAGGAGAACAUCAGGCAGGCGGUGUCAGCUGGCUGCCUGCUACUUCAGGAACUGGAGGUGAACUGCAUUGAGGUGGACGGCUGCGGUGAUGCUCAGUCGGCUGCAGAAGGCGCCGCCCUGGGCUUGUUUCGUUAUGAUCAACUCAAGUCCAAGAAGAAGACCAAAGUAACAACACAGCUUCACAGAAGUGCUGACAUGGACGGCUGGAGGAAAGGUGUUUUGUAUGCAGAAGGCCAAAACUUGGCCCGACUUCUCAUGGAAGCUCCUGCCAAUUACAUCACUCCCACUACUUUUGCCAACACCAUUGAGGAGAAACUGGCUCCACAUGCGGAACGAGUCACAAUAAAUAGGAGAACCCAAGCUUGGGUCGAGGAGCAACAGAUGGGAGCCUUUCUCAGCGUGGCCAAAGGAUCAGAGGAGCGCCCUGUUUUCCUGGAGCUGCACUACAACGGUUCACCUGACAGCAAGCAGCCACCGCUGCUCCUAGUGGGCAAAGGCAUCACGUUUGACAGUGGGGGUAUUUCUCUGAAGCCGUCUCUCUCUAUGGAUGAAAUGAGAGCUGAUAUGGGUGGAGCCGCCACCGUGUGUGCCUCCAUCGUCACGGCAGCGGCUCUGAAGCUCCCAGUGAACAUAAUUGGUCUGACCCCACUUUGUGAGAACAUGCCCAGUGGAAAGGCUGUAAAACCAGGCGAUGUUGUCCGAGCCAAGAAUGGGAAAACAAUUCAGGUUGAUAACACAGACGCAGAGGGCAGACUGAUCCUGGCCGAUGCUCUCUGUUACGCACACAGCUUCAACCCCAGAGCCAUUGUCAAUGUUGCAACGCUAACAGGUGCAAUGGAUGUAGCUCUGGGCUCAGCAGCAACAGGAGUUUUUACAAACUCAGAGUGGCUCUGGGAGCAGUUGCACAAGGCUAGUGUUGUGACAGGUGACAGAGUUUGGAGGAUGCCUCUGUUCCAACAUUACUCAAAUCAGGUGACUGACAGCCAGCUGGCCGACCUCAACAACAUCGGCAAGUACAGCCGUUCUGGUGGGGCAUGCACAGCAGCUGCGUUCCUGAAGGAGUUUGUCACAUCUCCUCACUGGGCCCAUCUGGACAUUGCUGGCGUGAUGAGCAACAAAGAUGAAAUUCCCUACCUGAGAAAAGGCAUGUCUGGAAGACCGACGCGCACACUGGUAGAGUUUGCUGCUGGCCUGGCCCACAGCGGUUAAGAGAAACUAGAAAUCUGGUAAACCGCCGGUUUUCCUCAAGACUCGGUGCUGAUCUUCAUACAUUGACCAGAACCAAACCUCAAGCAGAAGAUAACUUAUCAAUGGUUGAAAGGAUUUUGUGAAUCCAUGUGAUGAAGAUUUUCUG